AUGGCUACCGAAGGCGCCGAAGUCUUGCCUGUCCGGCCCGCAGAGGCCAAAGGUGACUUGCUCCCCGAUUUCAUUGUCGAGCGAAACAACCUCUUCGAACAGCUGUGGCAGGAGCAUCUCGAGGAGCUCAAGAACAAGCCGCACCCUGAUAUCAAUGUCACCAUCGACCUCGGAAACGGAGAGGUCUCGACGGUCGCUGCCAAGGCCUGGGAGAACACACCUGCUCAUCUGCUCAAGAACCUGCCCAAGGAGCUGAGUGCCAAUGUGGUCAUCGCCAAGAUCAACAAGGAGCUAUGGGAUCUAGGCCGCCCGUUUGAAAGCGACUGCACGGUUUCUUAUCUUCCCUUCGAGCACCCCGAGGCACGGGAGGUUUUCUGGCACUCCAGUGCGCAUUGCUUGGGUGAAGCCUGCGAGUGCGAAUAUGGAUGUCUCCUUUCUCAUGGACCUCCUACCCCUCAGGGCUUCUUCUAUGAUAUGGCUAUGCCUGACAGCCGUGUCGUCAAGGAGAGUGACUGGAAGUCGCUGGACAACAAGGCCUCUAAGAUCUUCAAGGAGAAGCAGAGCUUUGACCGAUUGGAAGUCACGAAAGAGAACCUUCGCAAGAUGUUCUCGUACAGCAAAUACAAGCUGCACUACAUUGAGAAGUUGGUCACUGGAGAGAAGAGCACCGUCUACCGUUGUGGUACCCUGGUGGAUCUCUGCCGAGGUCCUCACAUCCAGAACACUGGCAAGGUCAAGACCUUCAAGAUCAUGCAGAACUCCUCCGCAUACUUCCUGGGUGACCAGGCCAACGACUCCUUGCAACGUAUCCGUGGUGUUGCAUUCCCCGACAAGAAGCUGAUGCAGGAGCAUCUGAAGUUCCUGGAGGAGGCUGAGAAGCGUAACCACGUGCGAAUCGGCAAGGAGCAAGAACUGUUCUUCUUCGACGAAGUUUCUCCCGGCUGCCCCUUCCUGCUCCCCAACGGUACCAAGAUUUUCAACGCUCUCCAGUCUCUUCUGCGAACGGAAUACCGCAAGCGAGGCUACCAGGAGGUCCAGACCCCCAACAUGUACGAUGUUGGCAUCUGGAAGACCUCGGGUCACUGGCAACACUACAAGGAUGACAUGUUCAAGCUCGACGUCGAGAAGCGAGAAUGGGCCCUCAAGCCCAUGAACUGUCCCGGACAUUUCGUGCUUUUCGGCCACCGUGAGCGGAGUUACCGAGAGCUCCCCCUGAGACUUGCGGAUUUCGGUGUUCUGCACCGAAACGAGGCUUCGGGAGCCCUGAGCGGUCUUACUCGUGUCCGGAAGUUCCAGCAGGAUGACACUCACAUCUUCUGUGCUGAGGAUCAGAUUGCCCAAGAAAUCGAGGGUCUCUUUGACUUCCUGAAGUCUAUCUAUGGCCUUUUCGGAUUCACCUUCAAGCUGAAGCUUUCCACCCGCCCCGAGAAGUACCUUGGUGAGCUCGAGACCUGGAACUACGCCGAAGAACAGCUGAAGGCCUGCAUGACCAAGUUCAUGGGCAACGACUGGACCAUCGAUGAGGGUGACGGUGCUUUCUACGGCCCCAAGAUCGAUAUCACCAUCGCCGACGCUCUCAAGAGAGAGUUCCAGUGCGCCACUAUCCAGCUCGAUUACCAAGCCCCCAUCAACUUCAAGCUUGAGUACAUGACCAACGAGAAGGGCGAGAAGGUCCAAGUGGCCACCGAGGAUGAGCAGAAGGAGGGCCAGAGCAAGAGCAACGAGCUUGGAGCGGGCCGUGCCCGUCCCGUGGUCAUCCACCGUGCUAUUAUUGGUAGCUUCGAGCGAUUCCUGGGUAUCUUGAUCGAGCACUUCGGUGGCAAGUGGCCCUUCUGGAUCAGCCCUCGCCAGAUUCUGAUUGUGCCCGUCAUGCCCGCCGUGAACGACUAUGUCCAAGAGCUGCAGGAAAUCCUGCGGGGUGACAAGCUGAACGUCGACAUCGACAUCAGUGGCAACACCAUGCAGAAGAAGAUCCGUACUGGACAGCUGCACCAGUACAACUUCAUCUUCGUUGUCGGUGCCUCCGAGAAGGAAUCCCGCACCGUCAACAUCCGCAACCGUGACGACCCUGCUACCCAGAAACAGGGCGUCAUGAUCCCUCUUGAGGAGGCUCGUACCAAGCUCAAGGCUCUGCGCAAGGAGCGGAGACUUGUCAGCUCUCUGUAG